ACUGGGUCCCUGCAGGAAGACGACUCGGAGGAAGAUGACCAGGCUGCAGGUAGAUGACUGACCCUGGCGGCCCGGCAUGCAUGCUGUGAGAAGACAAUGAGUGAGAACUGGAGGUCAUAAAACAGCUCGUCGGAUAAUGCGGAGCACGCAAGUAGCUCGGCGUGUAUGUACAUAAUUGUAUUUUGCCACUGAACGACCUUGUUGCUCGGAGUCAUACUAUUCAUUUACUGCAUUGCUGAGUUCGAAAAAAAUCUUUCGUCCACACCUGAACGUCCUCCUGAGCUACCUGGAGGCGACAAGAAAUCCCUGCUGGCGUGCCAGUGCUCAAGUGAUAAUCUGUUCGUUGUCGCCUGCUCUUCCGGGCCUCGUAUGAUCGUGUGCUUUGGCCGUGGAUUCACACCCUUGAAUUUCUUAGAGUCAUGACGGGCACUGCGAGCUCGGCGAAGUCGAUGGGAUACCAGCAGUUUGAGGGUAUGGGUGAUGAGCGAGAGCUCUGGGAAGAGACUACGGACGGUGAGCAUCGCAACCGGAAGCCCUGGUGGAAGGCGAACUUCUUCGUCAAGGAGCCUUUGCUGUUUGGCACAUGGGAUGGCGUCUUCACCACCUGUAUGUUGAAUAUUUUCGGAGUGAUCGUGUUUCUGCGAGUAGGUUGGAUGGUUGGUUACGCUGGUGUUGGAUUGGCCUCGCUCAUCAUUUUCCUGUCGCUGUUCGUCGGCUUUGCCGUCACGAUCAGCGUGAUCGGGUUGGUCCGUCAGCUGCCCAUGGAGGGAGCGCGCUGCGACAUCUUCCACGUGGUCGCUUACGUGCUCGGUCGGCGCACCGGCGGUGUCGUGGGUCUGCUGUUCGUCUUCGGACAGGCGGUGGCUGUGGCUAUGUACUCCAUCGGCCUCGGCGAGGCAAUGGCGGACGUGUUUAACCUGGAGGGCACGUGGCCAGUGCGCGGCAUCGCCCUGGGAACCACCACGCUGCUGCUGCUCAUCGUGCUGGCCGGCGUGCAGUGGGUCAUAAAAUUACAACUCCUGCUGCUUAUGAUCCUGGCGUUAGCGGUGCUCGACUUCAUCAUCGGCUCGUUCACUCAUGUCAACCUGGCUGCCGGCUUUGUCGGUUACAGCAGCGGGCUCAUGAGCAACAACACGCCGCCGUCGUUUGGGAACAUAGACGACGGAAAGGACGCGUCGGAGGACUUCUUCACCGUCUUUGCUGUCUUCUUUCCGACGAUUGUGGGUGUCGCCAGCGGCAUCAACAUGGCAAGGGAUAUUCGGCGGCCGGAGCGCAGCGUUCCGAUCGGUACGUUCGCCGCCCUGGUUGUGUCAGGCGUUCUCUACCUGCUGUUCGCUCUGAUCCUGGCGGCCACGUGCCAGCGGGACAGCCUGCGCGACGACCCGCUGAUGGCGUAUCGCGUCUCCCUUGUCGGCUGGCUCUUCCUGUUCGGCCUGUACGUGUCCUCUCUGUCGGCGUGCCUCGGCGCAAUCUAUGCGGCGCCGCGCGUCUUCCAGUCGAUCGCCAGCGAGAAGAUCAUACCGUUGCUGAGCGUCAUGUCGCAGGGCAGCGGGCCCAACAACGAGCCCGUGCUGGCAACGAUCACGGUCGCGCUCGUCUCCUACAUCUUCAUCUUCAUUGGCCAUCUGAACACGCUGGCCGUCAUCGUCAACAUGCCGUUUCUGCUGACGUACGGCGCGCUCGAUUACGCGUACUUCUCUCAGGCCAUGAGCAGGCCGCCGGAUUUCUCCUCGCAGCUGUACGACGGACCGCUCGGUGCAGACAGUAGCAAUGGUGCUGCUGCUUCCAAGCAGGCGGCGACGAACGGCGCGGACGACGCUGGUCAUGACGAGAACACUGCAGCGUCAGAGUCGGCCAAGAUCCAGAUGUCUGUGCACGCCGACCCGAAGGGAGCGGCCUCGGCGACCAAAGCGCACGCGUACGGCGCGGUGCGGCGACACCUGGAAGAGGAGGUUCUUGGUACACUAGAGCCGUCUGUUCAACAAGAGAGGACGAGGAAGCGACGGCGCUUUGAUGCACUGCGUCGCAUGCGUAUGCCGUCGCAGUUAACCAAAGUCAAGCAAUGCCUAGCCGUAUCCCCUGAACGUCAGGAGCGCUGGGCAGAUGCCACUGUGGCUGGCCUGAACAAGAUAACGAACAAGUACGUGGCACUUGUCGGCUUCAUCUCUUCCCUGUUUAUCAUGUUCUUGAUGCAAUGGGCAUUUGCACUGGGCACCGUUACAAUCUCCCUUCUCCUGUAUAUCUACAUCGGGCACGUCAACCCAGGACUGCCCCCGGGACACGCGGAUUUCAGUUUCCGUGGAUGGAUCAUGUCCAUGGUGAAGCCGGGCCAAUACCGUCCCAUGGACGGAGAGCGUGUUCUCGUGCCAGAUGUUGACAAGAUCGAGUUUGACAUUCAUCAGCAGACUCAGAGCGGCCGGGACUUUGCCCACCGCCAGCCCUGGCACCGUAGCGUGGCGAAGGACAACGAAGCAGCCAACAACCUCAUGUACGGUAGCUCCAGCGGUAGCAUCAUUGCCGCCACUGCCGGCAGCCAGCCCUUCGGUACGUCUGCUGGUGCUGCUCCGUAUUCGGCGUAUGACCGCGACGUGUUUGCCAUCGUGCAGGAGGACGGCAACGGCGAUGGUGACCAGCUCACAGCGGCCGCCAGUGGCAGUACAAUCGGCUCAUCGUCACCAGCUGCCGCUACGUCACCUGGCAAGCAAGGAGGAGACGCCACCGGCGUUCCAAACGUUCACUACCAGAUGGCAUCAAACCUGUCGUCACCUGUUGAUGGCGAGAGUGGCAAUAACGGCGACGAUGACAUGCAAGACUCGGACCAUGCUUCCGGAAGUGCUACUUUUUAAGUGGCCUGUGCCAUUCCAACUGUUCAGUGUUCAGUGUGCUGCUGACCAGGUCAUCACGAGGAUGUUGUCAAAGGACGUAAUCGGGGGUGCGGAUAUCCUGGUGUUGCAUGUCAAAGUGCGUCUUGCUGCUUCCCCGCUCUGUCUGUGUGUGUGCACGUGUGUGUGUGUUUGUCUGUCUGUCUGUCUGUGCAUGCACCUGAUCUGACUUCAGUCCUCCUGUUCUCGCUUCUCUCUCUCUUUCUCUUUGAACUUUGAAGCCUAGCGGAGCCAUCGGCUCCUUUCGACUUCACUUGCACCCGUGUUCCGUGUUGUCAUAUAUAACCUAGUUUCCCUCUCGAUAUGGAAUACCCCCCCCCCCCGAACAGUGUCUCCGUUAUUUUAUUUUUCCUAGCAAGUAGAAAUCCAUUUCUGCGAUAUCAGUAGCCAAUAGCGCCUGGACAGUGCCUACUCAGCGCGCGUCGAAACCUUUGAUUGAUUAAAUACGCCGGCUAGUACUUAUUUAACAGCCCCCAUCACCCCACCGGCCCACACCCUCCCUCAUGUUUGGACCGUAUUCGUGUGUUUGAACGAUCGCCUUUGUUGCUCAUCGACCGGUCGCCGCCUCGCGUAGUAACACAUCAUUGGCUUUAGUUUCCUCUAUGGCUGUUUCCUCCAUGGCUGUUUCCUCCAUGGCUGUUUCCUCCAUGGCUUUGGUGGCCUACGCUACUUGGUUACCGCUGCGUGUGAACGAACGCAAGUCGCGAACGGCUGGUGGCAAGAUGGUGAUUGUAGAUGCGGGGCAGUGGCAAAUUGACGGUGUGGGGUAGCUGGCUACUCCAGUCGUGUGCAGCAUUCCAACCAGCAGCAGCAGCAUCAUCAUCGCCUCCUCAGUGUACCGUGGUUUGAGAGCCAUACGACGGCGACCAUCACUGCUCCCACAGAAUGCUACUCUGAUGCAGUGUACUGCCACGGCCACUAUAGCACAGGUCUGGAGUUGUAAAUUUACAACACUGGAGUUUGUAAUUUACAGGAGUUGUAAACUUACAACCCCAUGGUAAUGAUUGCAGAAUAAUUAUGUACGUGACCAUGUUACCAUGGUGCCGGCUUAUGUGUAUCAUAAUAAUUAAUUAUUUUCAUGGCAGGGUGUACCACUAGUGCACUAGUGGCACUACGUAGCUACAUCUGCUCAGUUAGGGUUACUACCUUUCUUACUACAGUUCGAGUAUUCACUGUACACCGGUAUUUUCAAUAGAAGCAUUUUGUCGGACAUAAGAAUGCAUGCACUGUGCUGCGCAUGUGGUGCAUUGGUGUGUACGGUACAUGCACUUCCAAGUACGACAAACAAGUGCGGUGCUGCAAUGCCACUGCCGUCAGACUUCGCUUAUCCGGUCCUCUUUUAUCCGGAUCCCUCGCCAUCCGGAAGAAAAUCGUUGGUUACCGAUUUACAGAAUAUGCCAU